CUCCUCCUCCUCCUUCUCUUCCUCUUCCUCCUCCUCCUCCUCCUCCUCCUCCUCCUCCUCCUCCUCUUCCUCCUCCUCCUCCACACUCCCCCUGCGCGGCACACCUGAGCCAGUACAGGUGAGGGCAGUGCCAGGUAAGGACGGAGCGCACCUGAAGUCACCUGGAUUUUUCUAAUUUGUUGGUUUCAUCUCACUUGAACUGAGAGGAUAUCCGCCAGCCUCUUGAAGGACUGCCUCUUGAAGGACUCUUGCUGCCUCUUGAAGGAUCGCGAUGAGCAGCCCAGGGGAAGAGGAAGGAGACCCAAGAAGUCCUCGAUCUCGGAGUCCUGCCAUGGGCGUGUCUGGACUCCUGAGGGAUCAUGCCAAGGCAGGUGGAGGGGUGGAGGAGGAGGGCAGGAGGGGAUCAGGUGGAGGCAUUCUCAAACUUGACCCCGCCAAGCCACGCAGGUCAUCCGCAGCCUCCGUGGAGUUCAAGACAGAUAAGGAUGACCCAUCUUCGCCGUGCCCCAGCGACCGCCUCAGUGUGACCUGGGCUGACGGGGAGCGGUCUGUGUCCAGCGAUGGUGUGUCACUGGUGCAGAGAGGCCAGGGCGGCACACCUGACCAGCCUUCCAUUAACACCCUGGUGCCCGCAUGUGGGAGUCUGUUGGAGGAAGCACAGGAAUCACCACUUCCUGAGAAGCAGCAACAGCAGCAGCAGCAGCAGCAGCAGCAGCAGCAGGAUGAGGAGUAUGGAGCAAGCGUGUCUGCCAUCCUGAGGCGCUCCAGUUGUCGGGGCGGCUCACGACGCAGCACCAGGAGAAGGAAGAAAUCCAGGAGGACCAGCACUGUGACCACCAGCUCGGGGGAGACAGUGGUGGAAGUGGAGGGCCUGAGUGAGGAGGAGGAGGUAGUGGAGACGCUGAGGAUCCACAAGGAGGUGGUGGCAGGCGUCAGGCUGCAGCCGUGGCCCAUAGCAAGGAAGCUGCGUCUGGCCAGGGCGUCGCGGGAGUACAUCCGGCGCCACGAGGGGGAGCUGGAGGAGCGUCUGGCCCAGAGCACCAGCACUUGGGAUGUUCUGCUGCGCUGCUUCAUCCGUGCCAGGAGGGUAUUGCGGGCAGGUGUGCGAGCGGUGUAUGUGUGGGUGUCAGGUCUGGAGCCGUGGCAGGGGCGCAUCAAGACCAUUGAGUCACACUUUGGCUCAGCAGUGGCCUCCUACUUCACCUUCCUGCGCUGGGUGUUGGGCCUCAAUGUGGCACUGACGACGCUCCUGGCAGCCUUCGUCAUUGUCCCGGAGUUCCUGGCUGGUGACCGGGACAAUGCUGGGGAGAGGAAGUCCAUCCUGCCCUGGGAACGCAUCUCAGCCUACGACUUCAAGGUUCUGUGGGACUUUGAGGGAAUCAUGAGAUACUCCCCCAUCUUCUAUGGCUAUUACAGCAAGCACCCCUACACCAGGGAGGGGUACAGGCUGCCGCUGGCAUACUUCCUCACCUCUCUUGCUGUCUAUGCCUACAGUUUUGUGGCUAUACUGAGAAAGAUGGCUGCCAACUCUCGUAUGUCCAAACUUGCCGAAGACGAGGAGUGCACCUUCACAUGGCGUCUGUUGGCUGGGUGGGACUACACCAUUGGCAAUCCUGAGGCAGCCCAGAACAAGGUGGCUGCCAUCAACACAGGCUUCAGGGAGGCACUGCUGGAGGCAAGGGAGUCUGAGAAAGAGGAAAAGAGUUGGAAGCUGCGAGGGCGACGCAUGCUAGCACAUCUCAUAGUGAUGCUGCUCAUCGUGGCCAGCGCUUAUGCUGUGGUGCUGCUGGUGAAGCGUUCCGAGGGGGUAGACAGCUCCUCCUCCUGGUGGCGGCAGAAUGAACUCACCCUCACACUCACCCUCAUCUCCUUUGUCUACCCGAACCUGUUUGAUCUGGUAGGGCUGCUGGAGGUUCGUCACCCAAGGAACCAACUGCAGUGGCAGCUGGCACGCAUCAUGUCCCUCAAUCUGCUGAACCUGUACACCCUCAUCUUUGCCCUCUUCUCCAAGGUGGAUGACAUGACUAAGGAGCUUGAGGUGCUGAAGGACAACUUGACUGCCACCCACACUGAGGAGUUGAAGAUGCUCAGCAGCACCACACCCUGGACCCCCAACACUACCACAGCCAACCCCACCAGCUACAAUGCCUCCAUGUAUGCUCUUACCACCUCAUUGGGCAGUGGAGUGAGCCUUGGUUCAGUGGAUGAUGGCAUGACUACCUUGUCCUCCACCCUGCCUGCAGUGAGCCUGGAUCCCUUCACUGUGUUAGGCUCGGAGGGUUCACUCAGCUCUACAUUGGCAGCCUCGUUCCUCACUGCUGCUUCACUCUCCAAGUUGCUGCUGCCCAAGGGUGAUCCAAGACUGAAGACACCUCCUCCUGGCUGUCAUGUGCUCCCAGCUGCCUGUCCUGGCUCUGUGUCCUCCACAUCCUCAGCCAUACCUCACACAAGCAGUGAGGCACACACAGCCACACCUUUCCCCACUGCUCAGCCAGCCUCCACCCUCAAGCACACUGGCUGGGCUGACAUGAUCUACGACUUGGGGGGAGACGACACGGUCUUUGGUGACGAGCCGGUGUACUUGGGUGAGGAUAACAUAACCACACCUGGCUGGCUUCCCACAGAGUCCACACAAGAACCUGAUAGAGUUUAUGAGAAUUAUCCAGCAGAAGCAGACAGUAACACAAUCUCUUCUGACUCCCGUGUAGAUGACAGCACUGAUAACAUUUUCACUUCCAGUCCUGUUCCUAUUGAAGCUGAUGGAGUGUUUAGUAAUUACACAUCAGAAGCAGGCAGUAAUACAACCUCUCCUCACUCUCAUGUGGAUAGUAACCCUGCUACGCCUAAUACUUCCUUUUCCACUCCUGUUAUUACUAUCAGUGAAAGUGAUGAUGGUAGUCUGCCCUCCGAUGACCUGUCAGUAAUGCUACAUUUUGAAGCAGAUCUUAGUAGUAAUGGAGGGUAUUCAAAUAGCACUGAACUCCAUGCAUCAGAAAAACCUUCCAGAGCAUUUGGAUAUGAAUCUAGCACUAUGUCAUCAGAGGUGUUAGAGGGACUCACCACACCAGCUAGUGCAGAGACAACACCACACACACAUGACAACUCUGAAGCCUCUGCAGAGUUCUCAAACACCACAAAUGCCACUGUAGAAGAUCCCCCUGAAUUUGCCAGACUGGAAACCUCAACAGAGGCUACUGAUGCCUUUGAAGAAAACUUUUCAAAUUUAAUGAGAUUGGCACCUGGCAUACCAAGAAUCUUCCACAUGCUUGGUGACUUGGAGGAGGAAGAUGAGGCAGAGAAUAGCAUGAGGACAGGGGCAGUGCAUGAUGUGAUUAGGAAGAAGAGGAAAGUUGAUGCUGUCCAGAAUUUUCUAUUACCUCAAAUCCAGACUCAGAAUAAGGAAGCUAAAAUAAAAGGAAGAAGCUCAUCUAGGAAUCCAUCAAUUUUAGAUGAUCAAAAACAGGAAGAUAUCACCACUGAAAGGGAAGAGGUUAUGGAAGUAACAGAAAUAAGAGAAGGAAAGUUAACUGGGACUUUGCACUCACCUAAUUAUCAGAAUGGAGAAAAUUAUGUCAUCACUGAAAAGAAACAAAUCAUGAAAGCAGAAGCAUUAAAAGAUGAAGUCCUUGAAGCAAAAGAAACAAAAGAAAAAAUCAUGGAGAUUGAAGAAUUAGGAGAAAACUCAACUAGCAAUUCAUACACAGUAAAAUAUGAAGAUAGGGGAGAUCACAAGGAACUAAAAAACCUGGCUAAGGAAAACCUGCCAAUGAAAAGAGUAAAGCGAGUGAUCAAUGAUUAUGGCGGGAUAGACGUCAAUGAUGCCUACUACCUCCCCUUGUAUCACCCCUCUGCUGACGACACAGAUGACGACUUCAUGACCCACGACCUUUCACCAGACUACACCCUCCCCACAGAUCUGGACACAGGAGACAAUGCAACUGAAAGCAACUCCACACUGGACAAUCUUGAAGAAACAGAGGAAGACUGGGGCACUAGAAUGAUACUGCCAACUGUGGUGUCUUACAAUAUAUCAACGACUGACAGGGAUGCAUUCUGGGCGCAAUUCAUGAGGGUUACUGCAGAGAAUGGUGUGGAGGCAACACUUGAGCCCUCAGUGGUGGGGGAGGAGAAUGGGACAGCUGAGGAGGGACUUUCAGACUUCCCUGUGGAUGCUGAAGACUGUUUUGUUAUAGUGUGUGAAGAAUCAGCCACCAGUACCACAGAAACACACACAGACCCACCCACAACUUUAUCCCCACCCACAUCACAGCCCACAGCCCUCACCAGACAUCCCACCACUAUCACCACCACUGCCGCCACCACCAUCACAGCUGAGUCCACCACCCCACACUCCUUCCUGGUACAGCCCAUGAAGAACAACCCUGAAAAGUGGGUGUCCUCACUGCCUGGCAAGUCACAGGAAAGACUCAGGAAGCUGUGCUGGGAGACAAUGUUUGGCCAAGAAAUCAUCAAACUGACAGUCAUGGAUCUGGUGGUGACGGUGGUGACGGUGGUGAUGACAGAGUACGUGCGGGCCGUGGUGGUGAGGCUGCUCAAUGGCUGCUGUUGCUGGGACCUGGAGAAGCAGUUUCCUGGCUAUGCAGACUUCAAGAUUGCUGAGAACAUCCUGCACUUGGUCAACAAUCAGGGGAUAGUCUGGAUGGGGAUGUUCUUUGCUCCAGGCCUACCUCUCCUCAACACCUUCAAGUUGGUGGUGCUGCUAUAUGUCCGCUCCUGGGCCGUUGUCACCUCCAAUGUGCCACCUGAGACAGUCUUCAAGGCCUCUAAUAACAACAACUUCUACCUCCUCUUCCUGCUCACCAUGCUGUUCCUCUGCACACUGCCAGUUGGAUAUGCAGUGGUGUGGUUGGAGCCGUCGUGGCAUUGUGGACCAUUCAGUGACUACCCAAAGAUAUACCAGCUUGCUACUUCAACCCUGAUUGGAGGACUGCCACCAACUCUCUAUCCCAUCAUUGACUACAUUUCUUCCCCUGGUGUGGUCAUUCCUGCCGGCCUUCUGCUUGUCCUCAUCAUCUACUACCUUGUUUCCCUCACCGCUGCACUGCGGGAGGCUAACAGUGACCUGAGAGACCAGUUGCGCCAAGAAAGGUCAGCUGAGAAAAGGAAGGCUUUGGAAUCUCGCUCAGGGAUGAAGGGGCGAAGUGAGACUCCCACAUCCAGGUGGAGCCGUGUGGUGCCCCUCACCCCCCUCCCACGGCCACGUCUGGAUGCCACAAGUGACCCUGAGAAGCUGCCUGCCAAGAAGCCUCCCUCAGCUUUGUCCCCAGAGGCCGAGGAUGGCCCCAUCAUAGCCCUAUGUGACCCGCCGCGAGGCAAGGACGAUGGGCCAUGGCCUGAUGACAUGACCGACCUUGGCCACUCAGAGGUCUUUGAUGACUCUCUGUCUGAGUCACGCCAGGUGAAGGCACGGGAGGGUGCAGAGGGACAUGACAAGAAGGCCAGGGAUCACUUAGAAAAAGAGAGAGACAUGGAGCAUCAACACAAGAGCAAAGCAAGAAAAAAUUCCUUUCCAACACAGACCAAGGAGGAGGAGGACAGCUCAUUUAGAGUACCCAAGGGAAGACAAAAAUCAUAUGGAAGUCAGAACCGAGGCCACAGAAUACCACAGGAGAGGAAGCACUCGGAUGAGAGCCUUCACAGGGACUCCCCAACCAAGGCCAAGUCCAGCCACAGACAUUACACAGACUCACCACGGGAGAGGAGGAGAAGUUCUGGCCCACACUCAAGCAAACUCAAGGACAAGCUUCCAGAGGACAUACAGGAGGUACUGGGCAACCCACACCAGGACACGGGCAAGCACGCCAAGACUCACCGAGGGCUGGCCAAGAAGGACUCUUCAAAGUUACCUCCUGAACCAGAAACCCCAACAAAAGGCGUUUCAUCCACACGUCACCGCAGGGAACACUCCAUACUGAAGCUGGAGGACCUGAAGCGCACCACCAAUGGGCAGCAGAAAGGAGGAGGCACCACUGUUCCUGCCAGCCAGCAGUGCAGUAGCUCAGAUGACUCCCAGGGCAUGCAGACCAUACCUGUCAUCAAGAUCAGUAAAGAGGACAGUGUGGAGCGGUCUCUUCAGCAAGCCAAGCUGCAGCGCCAGGACAAAACACAGGAUGACCCAGACAACACAGAGGGCAGCCAGCAGCCCUCCAACAGCAGUCCAGGUGCAGCCUCACCCUCGUCUGGACAGCAUGACAGUGGUAGUGUGGAACUAAAAUAUGUGUCAGGGAAGGAGGACUCUUUGGUAAAGGCUAAGAACAGCAAAAAACCAGCCCCAAUUGAAACCAACCUAGAUGACCCCUAUUUUCCUGAGUCAGACACAGCUGCCUUGAUUGAAAAGAGUGAUGUUGAGAAAGUGCCACUUCAGCUUGCCACAGAGGAGGAGUCUGUCAUCCUGAGCUCAGAUGAGGAGUCAACAUUGCUUGAUAAGUGAGGUGAGGGGAAGAGAGUGCUGUUUUUUAGAUGUUUCUAUUGAGUAGUGAGAUGAGGGAAGGUGUAUAAUUUUAUAGUUGUCUCCUGCUUGGAAAGUGAGGUGAGGGAAGGUGGCAGUAUUUUGUAGCUGUUUCUGAUAUUUAAGGAGCAGUUUUGUCUCAUGAAUUCACCUGCAGCACUCAUACAUAUAUAAGUUAAAAGAAUAAUUGGUAAUGUUAAAUACAUCCCAAAUAUGUACUUUUGUUCUUGCACUGUAUUAUCCCUAGGACUGUACUAUUUGCAUUUCUUGCUCAACUGUAUCAUACACCUUUGCUUUGUAUAUCAUUCACCUGCACUUUGUAAGAUCUUUCUUGAUGGGAAUUGUUUAGAUAGAUCAAAUCUUGGGUACCUAAACCUAAAAUUACUUAAUAUGUCAAAUAAUGGGUUUUUGCAUUUAUAUUUAAGGAUAUUAUAAAUAUUUAAAUGCUUGCUUCAACUACCAGAAUAUUUAUUCAGCAUACACCAUAGAAAAUUGACAAAAGGUUUAACACGAGUAUGCCAAGAAAUGUAAAGAGACUGUUCAACAUGUUAAUUUUUCUGGAUCAACCAUAUCUUGCCUUUCUGCAAAUAAAGAAUAUCUAGCAUGACAACUGACAGUGUUCCUUAAUUAGAAGGAAGUAUUAAGUUAAGGUUUGUAAGCCAGUUACAUGUACUAAAUAAAAAAAAUAAUCAUAGAAAAAA